AUGGCCGGGCCCCGGGGCGCCCCGGAGCCGCCGCCGCGGGCGCUGCUGCCGCCCCUCCUGGCGCUGGCGCUGGCGCUGGCGGGCGGCGCGGCGGCGGCGGGCUCGGUGCGCCUGGCGGGCGGCCUCACGCUGGGCGGCCUGUUCCCGGUGCACGCGCGCGGCGCGGCGGGCAGGGCGUGCGGGCCGCUGAAGAAGGAGCAGGGCGUCCACCGGCUGGAGGCCAUGCUGUACGCGCUGGACCGCAUCAACGCCGACCCCGCGCUGCUGCCCGGCGUGCGGCUGGGGGCGCGGCUGCUGGACACCUGCUCCCGGGACACGUACGCGCUGGAGCAGGCGCUGAGCUUCCUGCAGGCGCUGAUCCGCGGCCGCGGCGACGGCGAGGCGGCCGUGCGCUGCCCCGGCGGCGCCCCCCCGCUGCGCGCCGCGCCCCCCGAGCGCGUGGUGGCCGUCGUGGGCGCCUCGGCCAGCUCCGUCUCCAUCAUGGUGGCCAACGUGCUGCGUCUGUUCGCGAUUCCCCAGAUCAGCUACGCCUCCACGGCCCCGGAGCUCAGCGACUCCACCCGCUACGACUUCUUCUCCCGGGUGGUGCCCCCCGAUUCCUACCAGGCCCAGGCCAUGGUGGACAUCGUGCGGGCAUUCGGAUGGAACUACGUAUCCACGCUGGCCUCCGAGGGCAACUAUGGCGAGAGCGGGGUGGAGGCCUUUGUGCAGAUCUCCCGAGAGGCGGGGGGAGUCUGUAUUGCCCAGUCCAUCAAGAUUCCCAGAGAACCAAAGCCAGGAGAAUUCAACAAGGUUAUCAGACGACUCAUGGAGACGCCCAACGCUCGGGGCAUCAUCAUCUUUGCCAACGAGGAUGACAUCAGGAGGGUCCUCGAGGCAGCCCGCCAGGCCAACCUGACUGGCCACUUCCUGUGGGUUGGCUCCGACAGCUGGGGGGCCAAGAUCUCACCCGUCCUGAACCUGGAGGACGUGGCCGUGGGGGCCAUCACCAUCCUGCCCAAGAGAGCUUCCAUUGAUGGAUUUGACCAGUACUUCAUGACACGCUCCCUGGAGAACAACCGCCGGAACAUCUGGUUUGCAGAGUUCUGGGAGGAGAAUUUUAACUGCAAACUGACCAGCCCGGGUACCCAGUCAGACAAAGCCGCCCGCAAAUGCACAGGUGAGGAACGCAUCGGCCGGGACUCCACCUAUGAACAGGAGGGGAAGGUGCAGUUUGUGAUCGACGCGGUGUACGCCAUUGCCCAUGCCCUGCACAGCAUGCACCAGGCACUCUGUCCUGGGCAUAUAGGCCUGUGCCCAGCAAUGGAGCCCACCGACGGGCGGACACUGCUGCAGUAUAUCCGGGCAGUCCGCUUCAAUGGCAGCGCAGGAACCCCCGUGAUGUUCAAUGAGAACGGGGAUGCGCCGGGGAGAUACGACAUCUUCCAGUACCAGGCGUCCAACGGCAGCGCGGGCAGCGGCGGCUACCAGACGGUGGGCCAGUGGGCGGAGACGCUCCGGCUGGACGUGGGCGCCCUGCAGUGGUCAGGGGACCCCUGGGAGGUGCCGGCCUCUCAGUGCAGCCUCCCCUGCCAGCCUGGGGAGCGGAAGAAGAUGGUGAAGGGCGUGCCCUGCUGCUGGCACUGCGAGGCCUGCGACGGGUACCGCUUCCAGGCGGACGAGUUCACCUGCGAGGUGUGCCCCGGGCACCUGCGGCCCCUGCGCAACCGCACGGGCUGCCGCCCCACGCCCGUGGUGCGCCUCUCCUGGGCCUCGCCCUGGGCCGCCGCGCCGCUGCUGCUGGCCGUGCUGGGCAUCACGGCCACCACCGCCGUCGUGGCCACCUUCGUGAGGCACAACGACACGCCCAUCGUGCGCGCCUCGGGCCGCGAGCUCAGCUACGUGCUGCUCAGCGGCAUCUUCCUGGUCUACGCCAUCACCUUCCUCAUGGUGGCCGAGCCAGGGGCGGCCGUGUGCGCCGCGCGCAGGCUCUUCCUCGGCCUGGGCACCACCCUCAGCUACUCGGCCCUCUUCACCAAGACCAACCGCAUCUACCGCAUCUUCGAGCGGGGGAAGCGCUCCGUCACGCCCCCGCCCUUCAUCAGCCCCACCUCGCAGCUGGUCAUCACCUUCGGCCUCACCUCCGUGCAGGUGGUGGGAGUGAUAGCAUGGCUAGGGGCCCAGCCCCCACACAGCGUGAUCGACUAUGAGGAGCAGCGGACGGUGGACCCAGAGCAAGCCAGAGGGGUGCUCAAGUGCGACAUGUCAGAUCUGUCUCUCAUCGGCUGCCUGGGCUACAGCCUCCUACUCAUGGUCACAUGCACAGUGUACGCCAUCAAGGCCCGCGGAGUGCCUGAGACCUUCAACGAGGCCAAGCCCAUCGGCUUCACCAUGUACACCACCUGCAUCAUCUGGCUGGCUUUUGUGCCUAUCUUCUUUGGCACUGCCCAGUCCGCGGAAAAGAUCUACAUUCAAACCACCACACUGACUGUGUCCCUGAGCCUGAGCGCAUCGGUGUCCCUCGGCAUGCUCUAUGUACCCAAAACCUACGUCAUCUUGUUCCACCCGGAGCAGAACGUACAGAAGCGGAAACGGAGCCUCAAAGCAACCUCCACAGUGACAGCCCCACCCAAGGGUGAGGACACAGAGGCCCCCAAGUAG